AUGAUUAAAUUAGGAUUAGAAGCGACUGGGAAAUCUUUACUUAAAAUAUCUAAUCAAUCACAACCAAUUGUACAUAUAGCGGGUACAAAUGGAAAAGGCAGUACUUCUGCUUUUAUAGACGGCUUAUUGAGAAGUCUGGAUUACAAAGUCGGUAGAUUUAAUUCACCACACUUGGUUGAGGAAUUUGAUAGUUUAAUUAUACAAGGGAAGCCUAUUAGUAGUACAGUUUAUUAUAAUCUAGUACAUCAGUUGGAAACACAAGAUGAUAAUUACAAGAAACUCACAAACUUUGAGAAGCUAACAGUCUCUGCCUUCAAUCUUUUUAGUCAACAGGAAAUAGAUGUCGGAAUAAUUGAAGUUGGUAUGGGUGGCUUGUUAGACGCAACAAACGCUUUUAGCAGGGAAUACAGAGAUAGUAUCGCUGUUAUCACACCAAUCGCCUUGGAUCAUAUUUCAUGGUUAGGUGACAAUAUAAUAGACAUAACUAAACAAAAGAUUGGUAUUAUUACCAGCAAAACUAAAGCUGCUAUCGUCGCGCCACAAAUACAUCAUCAAGUUAUCGGUUUGAUAAGGGAGAGGUGUGAGGAACUGAAAGUACCUGUAUACUUCAAUGAUAGACCAGGUGAAUUAGUCAACCCAAUCAAUGGCGACAUCAUCAACGCUCAGUUGAGAAUGGCAGGUAAACAUCAAAUAGAGAAUGCAUCAACCGCUUUGCUAGCUGUACACGCAUUACAAAAACAUUGUGAACAUUUCAAAGCUAUAGAUUUGAGCGCAAACAAUGAAAUUUCAAAUACUCUCAACCAAGUGAGCUUUCAUGGUAGAUCCGAUCGAGAUGUUCUACCUGGUGUGAUAGUUGAUGGCGCACACAACCCCGCAGCUAUGCAAUUGUUAAGAGACACGCUAUCAGAAGAUCAAGCAUACACCUUCAUACUAGGAUUCAGCCAAGAUAAGGAUGUGGAUGAUAUGUUAAGAAUUCUAAUUAGAGCUAGAGAUACAGUUAUAUUCGUACCAUUUUCAUCGAUACCUUCGAUGCCUUGGGUAAAAAAUAUGAAUACAACAACACUGAAAGCGAAAACAGAUGAAUUGUUCGAGAACAGCGUCGACGUGAGUGUUUCAAACAAUCUGCCUGAAGCACUUCAAUUGGCGGGGAAGAGUGGAAAGAAAGUUGUUAUAACUGGUAGCUUGUACUUGAUAGCGGAUGUAUAUAGAUUGUAGACUAUUCGCUCUGCUCUUGUAGAAUGUCAUCUAAGUUCUUGAGAAGACCAUUCAAUUUAUUCUCCAAGUCGCUCGUAACUUUCUCGAUGCUAUUCAGAUCCUCAUUGAGCUUAUGUUCAUUAUGCUCAUUAUGGGUAUUCUCUAUUCUUUUCUUAAGAUUUUUAAUUUCUGCUUCCAUAAGAUGACGGUCGCUUAUCAACUACCUUACGAAAGCGAUAAUGGAAGUAAAAUUAGCAAUUUUUGUUUGUGAUAGCUGCAUACCUUCAAUCGAACAAGUCGAAGGAAACUACGAGAAUAUAUUCCGAACAUUCCUCACAAAGGCUAAUAACGAGUUUGAGACUCCUCACAAGCUGAUAAUAGAUGCAUUUGACGUAUACAAAUAUGAAUACCCUGAGGAUGUCACUGUUUAUGACGGUAUUAUUAUUUCAGGAUCGAACAGCGACGCAUUUAGCGAAUUGGAUUGGAUAAUAGACUUGGUAGACUUCAUCAGAGGCUUGACAUAUUCAUUCCCGAAGGUUUCUGUUAUCGGUAUAUGUUUUGGUCAUCAGAUAAUCGCUAGAUCACUUGGUGGAGCUGUAGACAGGGGAAAUAUGAAGGAAUUCGGAAGUACAGUUGUUGAUGUAGUCAACAAAGACCUCGCGAAGAAUUACUUUGGAUUUGAUAAUCAGUUUAGGAUAUUUGAAGCACACCGUGAUGUCGUAACCAAGAAACCAGCUAGUCUGACAAAUGUGGCAUCGACACCACAAUGCCCUUACCAAGCAUUUAUCAAAUUCAAUGGAGAGAAAGUACAUAUUUGGUCUGUUCAGGUGUGUUAACAUGAUGCUUUUUUAGUUUUCUUACUUAGAUAUUCGCAGGGACACCCAGAAUUCACGGAAUCUAUAAUGACAAAAAUAGCAGAAUCAGAUAUCCUCGCUGAAGAACCAUCAGAUGAAGUUAAAAACGCCUGGCUUGACAAAUCAAAAGAAGAACACGAUGGUAUAGCAUUGGGUAAAGCUAUUCUAAAGUUGUUUAUAUGACGUUAGAAUAAUUUAUAAUGCAUAGUGUACACUGGUUGUCCUUGUCUAUAUAUCCUUAUC